UUACGUCAUAAAACAAAACAAACCAAACUCUCCAUAGAUAACACUCAGAAACUGAUAACAGAGGCCACAAAUGGCCGCUCUUGCUCUCGGCAUCGCCACCUCUAUUACCUUCAAUAUCCGUACACUUCCAAUAACAAGAAGUAAACCUAGAAUCUCCUGCAUUGGAUGGGACCCAGAGGGCUUAUUGGGACCACCACAGACUGGCCAUAUAGCCCGAAGAGAAUUUCAAAGACGACUAGAGAGAGACGCAGAGGCUCGUGAGGCAUUUGAGCAACAUGUUCGCGAAGAAAAAGAGCGUCGCCAAAAUCUUCGCCUUUCUAGGGAUAUCCCGGAUACUCCAGCGGAGCUAGUAGAGUACUUUCUAGAUACCGAGGCUCAAGAAAUUGAGUUUGAGAUUGCGAGAAUGAGGCCGCGAUUGAAUCAGGAAUUUUUCUCGCAUCUACGGUUUGAACUAGGGCAGCUCCGAUUUGCUGUUUCAAAAACUGAGGAUAUGGAGGAUAGAUUGAUUGAGCUGGAAGCAUUACAGAAGGCCCUCCAGGAAGGAACUGAAGCCUAUGAUGAAAUGCAAACUGAUCUUAUAAAGGCAAAGGAAAGCUUAACAAAAGUCUUGACAUCAAAAGAUGUCAAAGCAACUUUGUUGGAGAUGGUUGAGAAGAGUGAACUCAACAGAUCCUUGUUGGCCCUUCUUGAUGAAAAUAUAGCAAGUGCUCAGCAAAGCAACCAGAAAGACGCAGCAGCUUUCAUGGAAAAGCUUCGUGCAGCUGUGCUCAAGUACAUGACAGUUUAGCACUCAGAUGGUAAAUACUAGUGCUCCAAGUUAAAUCCAUUCUUGUUGAAUUUGAUUGAGGAUGAUUAUUAUUCUAGGUCUCAGUAGGUAGAUUUCAUGUAAAAAAGUUUAAAGAAACAUGUAGACUAUCGCAAGGCGUCUUGCUUUGGUGACAAUUUUUACAUAUUUCACA